AUGCCCUCAACCUCCUCCCUGACGACAGUUCAAGAGGAGGCCACUUGUCCUGUCUGCCGGGGGCCCUUGGAGCAUGCAGUGACUGCCACCUGUGGACACACCGUCUGCCUGCCCUGCCUGCCCCUACCCUCCCAGAUGGGGGCCCACCAAUCUAGCAGGGCCCUGUUAUGCCCCUUCUGCCAGCCAAAGGACCAUCCAGAGAACCUCAUAAUCCCCACGCCCCUGGGUCCUCUAGGAGAGACCUAUUGCGAGGAGCAUGGUGAGAAGAUCUACUUCUUCUGUGAGAAUGAUGCGGAGUUCCUUUGUGUGUUCUGCAGGGAGGGCCCCUCUCACCAGGCCCACACCGUGGGCUUCCUUGACGAGGCCAUUCAACCCUACAGGGAACGCCUCAAAAGCCGAUUGGAAGCUCUAAACAUGGAGAGAGAAGAGAUCGAGAACACAAAGCGUCGAGAAGAUCAGAAGCUCCAAGUCCUUCUGACUCAAAUUGAAACCCAGAAGCUCCAGGCGCAAGCUGCUUUUGUGAGGUUGAGGCAGGAGCUGGAGGAACAGCAGCGACUCCUGCUGGCGGGGCUAGAGGACUUGGAACAGCAGAUCCGGGAGGAGCGAGAUGAGUACAUAUUGAAGAUCUCCGAGGAAAUGGCCCGACUUGGAGCCCAAGUCAAAGAACUGGAGGGAAAGUGUCAGCAGCCAGCAAGUGAGCUCCUGAAAGAUGUCCGAGUCAACCAGAGCAGGUGUGAGACGAAGACUUUUGUGAAUCCAGAGGCCAUUUCUCCUGACCUUGUCAACCAGAUUCGCUAUCUCUACAAGAAAAUCCCCCCUCUCCUAGACAUGAUGAGAAAGUUUGCAGAAAACGUGGUGCUUCACCUGGAAACAGAUUCAGGGGGCGUCACCCUGGACCCGCACACCGCCAACUGGAGCCUGGUCCUUUCCGAGAACCGGAAGUCAGCGAGGCACACCCGGAAAAGGCAGAACCUCCCGGACAGCCCGCUGCGCUUCGAGGGGCUCCCGGCGGUGCUGGGUUCCCCCGGCUUCUCCUGUGGCCGCCACCGCUGGCAGGUGGAGGUGCAGCUGGGAGAGGGCGGCAGCUGCGCGGUGGGGGUCGCCCAGGAGGCGGUGAGGAGGAAGGCAGGCCCGGGGCUGAGCGCUGACGAGGGCAUCUGGGCCGUGAUCUUCUCGCGCGAGAGGUGCUGGACCACCACCGCCCCCGGCACCGACCUGCGGCUGGACGAGACCCCGCGCCGCGUGGGCGUCGCCCUAGACUGCGAGGCGGGCCGGGUGACCGUCCUCAAAGCUGAGACGCAGGUGCCGAUCUUCACCUUCACUGCCUCUUUCUCGGGUAGAAUGUGUCCUUUCUUUGCCGUCUGGAAAAAGGGCUCUAGCUUUACUUUGAAAGGAUCCGAUUGGUGGCGCAGAGGGGAAAGCAGUACCCAGGGAUCCUGCUCAUCACCUAGUCAGCUGCCUGACCUUGCGCGACUCAUUGUCCCCAAGUGA